AUGCGGGAGUGCAACCUGCUGCCAGGACAGAUGGAGAUGGAUCUCCCAUCUUCACCUACUGAUGUCAACACUGAGGGGUCAUGCCCUGUCCUGGAUGGGGGCUCCCUGCCCCCCCGCCAAAGUUCCCACAUUCCUCCUCCCCUCGUCUCCGGUAACCCCUCUCCUGCUCUCUCUCAGCCCACCACACCUCCGACCUCCACAGAAACCAACACUGAACCCCCUAAAUCCACUUCUGCUUCCUCAUCUUCCACUCCAUCCCUGUCUUCGUCUUCCUCUCCUGUAGCCGUCCACUCCAUCCCUUCAUCCAAGCCCUCAUCCAUCUCCUCUUCAUCAUCACUCUCAAAAGAGAUGAAAACUCAUCCUCCUUUAGGCAAAUCUAAACACAUGUCUCCUGCUGUUUCCUCUAGAGCUAUACCUCCCGCAACAACCAAAAUACCACUCGUUCAUGUUCCCACUCAUUCUAUCCCUGAAGUAUCCAAAUGUACACCUUCGCCAACACUUCCUGCUGCCUCUCCUACUCCCACAAGCUUGGCCCAUAACCCUGCAACAAAAUCUCCUCCCUCUUGCUCCAUACCAGCCUGUUCUGCUACCAGUACCAUGACCAUCUCCUCACCAUCUGCUACCACAGUCCCUUCCACUUCUCCCCCUGCUCCCACCAAGCGUACUUUUGCAGCCAUGGCCAAGCGGGUGAUAAUAAAUGAAAGAAUUAGAAAAGCAGAGGAGGAGGAUGCCAAAGCAGAGGAGGAAGAUGAGGAACCAGAAGAAAACUUGACCUUUGAGCAGCUGGAGGAGAAAGCCAAAGCUGGUGAUGCUAGAGCACAGACCCGUCUGGGUCAGCAUUAUCUGAUACUGGCUGAAGAGAAGGACACAGAGCUAAACAACUGUCUGGCUGUUCACUGGCUGAUUGAAGCGGCUAAACAGGGGAGAAUAGGUGCAGCAAGACUACUACAACGCUGCUGGAUCCAAAAGAAAGGCAUCACACCAGAAAAUGAAGCAGAUGUGCGCAAGUUGUCGACAGAGAGUAGGUUUGAGCAGGCUGUACGUAAGGCAGCCAUGAUGAUGUACUGGAAGCUGAACCCUGACAGGAAGAAGAAGGUGGCUGUCGCUGAAAUGCUGGAAAAUGUCAACCAUGUUAGUGCCAUGCAAGGUGGCACCACAAGCAAGAUUAAGCCCAACCUCAAACCAGACCCAAAGGUUUUAGAAAGCAUGGUCAGCAGUGAGCCCAGCCAGUUGGUGGACCUGGAUGGCUUUGUUGAGAUGACUAAAAAGUAUGCACAAGGUAUCAUACCAACUGCACCCCAGAGCAGUAACCAGGAUGUGCCCCAAAAUAAAAGUCCUACACCCCAGAGCAAUGGGGAGAAGACUGAUCUGGUCCCAGCAGGAGGCAGGAAGGCCCACAAAAGUUCUUGGAGCUUGGGACGAAGUGGGAUGAUGCUUGACACAAACCGUAAUGGAGCCAUAAAAAGAGCCAUGGACAUCAAAUCACAAUUAAUGGUGCUGCAGUAUCCAAUCCAUGCCAUUGUACAGAUGAAAGAGCACCUCAUUGAUUGGGCGUCACGGGCUGGAGUCCAGUGGCUGAGCACCAUCAUCCCCACACACCACGUUAAUGCACUCAUUUUCUUUUUCAUCAUCAGUAACCUGACGGUUGACCUGUUUGCCUUCGUCAUCCCUCUGCUUGUCUUCUACCUCUCUUUCAUCUCCAUGAUCAUCUGUACUCUGCGCGUUUUCCAGAGCAGCAAGACUUGGGAGAACUUCAGGGCUCUGACGUCCCUGCUGACAUGUUUCGAACCAGGGCUGGAUGUGGAGCAGGCAGAGACUAACUUUGGUUGGAACAAUCUAGAACCAUACCUUUAUUUUAUCGUCUCUGUCUUCUUCGUCAUUUUCUCCUUCCCCGUAGCUGAUAAGGGCUGGAUCCCUUGUUCUGAACUCUCUACUGUGGCCAUCUUCUUCACUGCUGUCAGCUACAUGAGCCUCAGCCCCACUGCUGCGACAUAUGCACGGCGAGCAAUGGUCAUAGAGGUAGCAUCAUCUUUGUGUGCCUUGACCAGGUUCCUGCCAGAGAAUAUGAAGGUGCCACGUUUACUGGGACGUACCUUCACCACUUUGCCACUAGGGGAGUCAGUGGUGCUGAAGCUGAGUCUCCCCUGCCUUCUCUAUGUGUACCUCUUCUAUCUGUUCUUCAGGAUGGCAAGGAUGCGUGGUUUUCGUGGGACUUACUGCUUCCUAGUUCCCUACUUAGUGUGCUUCAUGUGGUGUGAGUUCUCGGUGGUGCUCCUCCAGAAUUCCUCCCCUGUGGGUCUCAUUCGCACCUGUGUGGCCUACUUCCUCCUCCUGUUUGCUCUGCCUGUGCUGGCUUUUGGCCUUGCUGCCAUGCUCUUCAUCCAGCUCGUCAAGUGGUUCCUAGAGCUGGAACUGACCAAGGUGAUCGUGACCUUGGCUGUAUGUGCUAUCCCUGUCACCCUGCGGCUUUGGACACGAUUCAGCAUGUCCAUUCUGGAUGUGGUCCGCUCACUGACACACCGCGGUGCUGUCAAAGUCAUCUUGUUCUGUAUCUCCAUGGUGAUCCUGUUCUUCUGGAUGUACGUGUACCACUCAGAGGGACUGAAGGUCUACAACUCCACCCUGACCUGGAGGCAGUACGGCCAAUUGUGUGGGCCCCCAGCUUGGCAGACCAAAGGCAUGGCUCAGACACAGAUCUUCUGUAGCCACUUGCAAGGACACAGAGUCACCUGGACCGGGCGCUUCAAGCACGUCCGCGUCGCCGAGACAGAGAAUGGGGCGCAGUCAGUCAUCAACAUGUUGCCAGUGUUCAUGGGGGAUUGGCUGCGUUGCCUUUAUGGGGAGAAGUAUCCCAGAUGUGAGCCAAGGAAUGCCACAGUUGCAAAUCUUACUGCCAAUUUGACUGCCAAUUCUAUGGUGAGUCCUGUUGCUGUGCCCAUACUGCUCCAGAUGCAGGAGGAGGAAGAGCUGUGUCAGAUCAAGACUCUGGCCAAGCACACCUGCCACGUCAAGCGAUUUGAUAGUUACCGCUUUGAGGUGACAGUGGGGAUGAUUCAGGAUGGAGGUGUGGAGGGAGAGGACCCAGCCAGGGAUAUAGCCCUGAUGGCCAGCCAUGAGUUCAGGCAGGUGCUGCUGAACCUGGAACCUGGUAAUACGGUUGAGUUCAGCACCAAGCUAGAAGGCCGUCUAGGAGCCAAGACUCCAGCCUUUGAGUUGAAGGCUAUCCACUGUCUGGAUUGUAUGUCUUCCCUUUUGACUGGAGGCAGGCAGGUGAAAAUAGAGAGAGACUGGAGAUGCACUACACUCAGAGCCCUCAAGUUUGCAUUUGACUUCUUUUUUUCUCCUUUCCUGUCAGUGAAAAUCAAUGCUUGA